GCCAUUUUUGUGUUUUCCGUUCUUCGCCAUCCGACAGAAAAUACCUUAUCUCCCCAAAGCUAAAGCAACCUCAUUUUUUCACAGAACCAGCGACACCACAGCGCCGGCAACCUUUUUAUGGAGCCAUUGUCACGCUUACUCCGCGAGCUUCUAGAUUUGAAUGUGGGCUGUUAACUUCGCAUCAAGGAUGGCCAUUGUCACUGUUGCUGCAAAGUUAUGUCCCUCUACAAUCUCUGGAGUCCCAGAGAAAAUCCCGAACUUUGUCCGUGAAUACAAACUACAAUCUAGGUAUCAAGUUGUGCUGCCACUUGAGGAACCAACAUUCAGUCGUCGAAAUGCCAUUAUUUGCAUUGGUUCUUCGCUGGCUUCUGUUGUACCUGUGAGCUAUGUCUUUGCCCCAUUACCGGUACUAGCCGAGGAGAAUUCAGCUUCAGAGGAAGAUGAAGAUAAAGGAGUCAUUGGGGCCAUCCAAUCUCUGUUUGAUCCUAAUGAGAAGACAAAAUCAGGAAAAGUAUUGCCAAAGGCAUACUUGAAAUCAGCGAGAGAGGUCGUGAAGACCCUGCGUGAAUCAUUGAAGGAAGACCCUAAGGAUAAUGCAAAGUUCAGAAGGACAGCGGAUUCAGCAAAGGAGUCAAUCCGAGAAUAUCUGAGCAACUGGAAGGGACAGUUGGAAGUUGCAAACGAGGAAUCUUAUGUAAUGCUCGAGAAGGCAAUUCGGUCUUUGGCGAGUUUCUAUUCGAAGGCGGGCCCAUCUGCCCCGCUCCCAGAAGAGAUUAAGUCCGAAAUAUUGGCCGAUCUGAGUAAAGCUGAUGAAUUCUUGUGAAAAAAACAUUAGUCCUUUUUCACCUUCAGAACCAUCAUUGUUAUUAGUUCACUGGCAUUGACAGUUCUAGCUCUAAAGGGUAGGGCCUUCAGCAAGUAGUUUUUUUGUAUCUAGAUCACCAAUGGCAAUAUUUAUAUGAGCAUAGCUACCCAGAAAGCCUUGAGUACUGUUUUUUGCUGUAGUAUGUGUUAAGGCUUGCUUUGAUUGAGAGUGGUUUCAGAUCGACAAAGCCAAAACAAUUCAUUUGGAGUUUCAGGGCCAUCUCUCAGUGAAAUGCUCAUCGUCUAGUCA